AUUCAAAACAGUAAAUCAAAGCAAACGGAGCUCUUUUGUAAGAGGCAAACAAAUAAAAGGGAAUUUCAUCAAACACCUGAGAGAUUUCAAAAUGCGUUCGAUGCCCAUGUUUCUGCGUAUGGCCGAGGAGCUGUCGAGAUUUCCACGAAUGUCGCCGUUCCAGACCUUCUUCCACGAGCCGCUGAUGUGGUCUGGCAUAGCGGUGCCUCGCAACUGGAAGCAGAUUGCCCGCUGGCAGGAACAGGAGUUUGCUCCGGCGGCUACAGUGGGCAAGCAGGGCUACCAGGUGAGCCUGGACGUCAGCGUAUACAAGCCCAAUGAGCUGACGGUCAAGACAGUGGACAACAGCGUCAUCAUUGAGGGCAAAUCGGAGCAGCAUGAGGAUGAGCAGGGCAGCUUCACUUCCCGUCACUUUCUGCGUCGCUUCGUUCUCCCCCAGGGCUAUGAAUCCGACAAGGUUACCUCCACUUUAACCAGCGACGGAGUGCUGACCAUCAGUGUGCCCAAUCCACCGGAAGUGGAGGAGGCAUUGAAGGAACGCCUGGUGCCCAUUCAACAGACAGGUCCGGCGGAGAACAAUGUCAAGCUGCAUCCCGUACAGGAGGAGCCAGAGAAGUGAAUGCUUCAUUAUCCGCCUUCUACUUUCACUAGGUAUUAUAGUUUGUUAACAUUACAGUAGCCACAACACAAAAUUAAGAGUAUGUCAGCAAUAAAUAAAUAAACAUAAACAAUUGCAAAGUA